ACGCUAACACUGGUGGUGCAUUUGCACGCGCCCUCAAGGAUUUUCCUCCAGCCAUUCCUGGGAGUGUUGAGAGGGUGUCAAAUACACCGUGCCAAAGUCCAGACGAGAGUGGCAAAAGUGGCUAGAAGAUUGCGACACGCACAAGAGCACUGCUCGGGUGGACAUCUUAGUGAAUUUUCCAGGCGGUGUGUGCGGAAAAUGUGAGUGGAAAUAGGUUGAAGGGAAAAACAGCCAAGAUGAGGGCAUUUUGCUAAGUCUUCAAGACAUCAGGCGACACACCAAAGUCACGACGUGAGGGCGCGCGAAAUGGUCGAAUUGACCUUUCGAUGGCUUCCGGCGGCUUGUGGUGGCCUCGGGCCGGUCCUUCUGCCCCCUGCCCACAUCGCCAUCCUCUACUACUUCUGGCAGAACUACGCGCGCUACGUGGACAGGCGCUUCUGCUCCUGCUCGUGCUGGGACACAGUCUUCAAGGGCACUUAUGAGUCCGGAAUCGCGUCCUACAAGCAUCUGUACUUUAACGCCACUCCGAACACGUUGAAGAUCUGGAUCCUGACAGUGAUCGCCAUCAUCGCCCUGUACGAGUGCAUAAAAUACCUCACGAAGCUGCUUAUGAGGCGAAGCGUGCGCCUCUCGAUGGUCGUGCUCUUCAUCUCGUCCAUCUUCUCGCAUUACUACGCGUGGUGGGCCUACGUGAACUACUACAACGACGACUUCUACAGCCAGUGGAACCACCAGCUCUUCUUUUCGGUCACCGAGCUCAUAUCCACCACCGCAGUCCUCCAUCUGGCGCACACGGACAAUCCCGUGACGACGCGCAAGGCGCUCUGCAUCGUCGGCAUCGCUCUGCUGCACAUCUCGGCCAGUGGCUUCGAUCAGUUCAUAUCAAAUGUCAUCCGCGGCGAAGGAUACCCCCAUCAGGUCGUUCGCGAUUUGGGCUUCAUGAUUCCGGAUCUGCUGCAUCUGCUCAUUCCGGUGUUUCUGCUGCGGAAGACGCGCCGCGAGAGCUUCUCCACGAGGCCUCUGUAUCGGGAUUAUCAGUUCCAGAAGGACGUCAUGGCGAUGCUCUUCAUCGUGGCGACGCUCUUUGUCGUCUGCUCCUUCCUAUAGUGCAGACUCUCUCAAUUGUCAUCCACAUAUCACUGACUUUCUGUUCCAUUCUUCGCCCCGGCGCACCUUUGGCCCACGAAAGUGUGUGCAUUUCUGUGCAUGUAGGAAUUUUUACACGUAAAUUCCAUAUCAAUGUGAGAAGGAGAGUAAUUGUGACGUAGGAUUAACAGAUAACAUAGCCCCAGAUAUAUUGAUAGUAUUAUCAAGUAGACAAGUAACAUAUUUAGACAAUAAAUUUGUUGAUUGAUUCUUCUUCCACCCACCCAAAGAUAAAGUAUGAUGUAGGGAAGCUUCUAGUGCGAGACUUCGUGGCGCCCUUCUUUUUUCUCUGACAACGAUCUUUUCAUACCUAACUUUCUUAUCAAUUCCUUUGUACGGCAGAUUUACAAGGUUAGUGUUAUUGUUGUGAAGAAUUAUUUGAUAAAAAUUGUAUAUGGAAAACAGGGAAGAAAAGCCUUUUUCACCGUUAAAUGGAAAUUACUAAGUCUUUCCAUUUACCAAAAUGAAAACACGCACUAAAAAGAACGUUUAUGUGAGAAAAUUUUUGAGAUACUUUUCCA